UGGAGUCUUGUUCACUGAAUCGAAUUGUCCACGACAACACUCUAUUCAGCUUAAUUCUUGAACUGUCGAACAUGCAAUUCACUCUCAUCGUGUGAAUUUGUCCACACAGACAGCAUCAUUGACAGACACUUAGCCUCAAUUCUCUCACAGAUUCUCCUAGACCAUUAUUACUUCACCCCGGCUACAAUUCCUAGACUUCUUUAAUUCCUGCCAUCUCGCUUGAAGCUCACUCUAUCACAUACCAAUGUCAUGAAUACCAUCUACUACAAGGCACUGUGAUUAUCGAACCACACGAAGCAACGUCACCCAGCCCUCAAUGGCUGACGAGACUCCCUCGGCUUCCUCGUCGACACCCAAGACAGCCUCAACCCGAGCCCGGGGUGCCAAACCCCGAGCGGGCAUCCAGCGCAAGACCAAAGAAGAAAGAGAACAAUAUGCCAAACAAGAAGCCGAGCGACAAGCUGCUAGGACCGCCGAAGCCGCGAGGGGUGCGGGUGGACGAGGCGGGACGAGAGCAAGAGGAGGCCGAGCAGGAUUGAGAGGACGAGGCGGUCGAGAUGGAGCAGCCACGCAAGACUCAAGAGGCAGGGAUGUCCCUCCAGGCUCUGGAGGUGGUGUCUUUGGUGCGACCGUUCGACAACAGGACACUCGACCAAAGAUCAUCUCUGGUGGAGUUGGAGAAAUGCUGGUCAGUGGACAGGCGGGUGAUGGGACAGGACAAUCAAGGACAGCAGAUGGUGUCUCGGGGGCGAGCGGUACUGCCUCAGGGUCAGGGAGCCGCGGCGGCGCCGUCAAACCCUUGACAGGCGAGAGCAUCGAAAUCGGCUCUGACGACGAACCUGAAGAAUCUAAGCUAGACAUUGACAGGAUCUGUUUAUCCGGCGAUGAAAACGAAGACCCCGUCCUCGAUGACCGAUCCAAGCGAAAGUCCCCUCUGACACAUCGCAAAGUAGCCGCUGGACUACGGCCUGUGCGAGCUCCUCGAGCACCUCGAGAAGAAGAGAAACAAAUUGCAGCCAAGAACAGAAGAGAAAGCCGAGCUCUCAAGAAGACCGAUUCCGAGCCACAAGGCGUGGAAGACGAAGAUGUCAUGGACAUCGACGACCCUACCACCACCACAUCUCUCGGUAAAGAACGAACCUCCAGCCCAGAAACACGACGACGCAGUCUAAGAAAAGGAUCCGGAAGAGGGCGUGAAGUGAAAUUCGCUAGCGAAACGAUCGAAGAACGAGCUGAACGACUACGUCUCGCUGACGAUGUUUUCAAACUUCGACAAACAUUCUCUGACGACCCCCAGACCCAAUAUCGAUGUUCUCGCGGUCAAUCGUCAUCAUCUAAUAAAAUCAAACAAGACGAUGAAGACGAAACAAUGGAUCUUGAGGCAGAUAUGGACUAUUCCAGCCAGAAUCUCCUUCUAUUCCAACUCCCAGCCUUGACUCCAUAUCUCCACGAUUCGCGGCACGAGCCGCCAUCGCAGCCACAGGUCAAGGAAGAGCCUCGUGACGACCAAACCCACCCUCCACCAUCGACGGCCAGCGCAGCCAAAGAUUCAGACCCCAAAACUGGCACUGGCACUGGCCCUGAUCGUCCCCUCCCUCCCGACGGCCUACUUACAGCAACUGAACCAGCUCGUCUCCCAUCCGGUCUCGUCGGUAAACUUCGUCUCCAUAAAUCCGGCAAAGUCAGUCUCGACUGGGGCGGUACCGAUAUGGAAGUCCGAUACGGCACAGAAGUCGAUUUCUUACAGGAUGUUGUAUUGAUUGAGCCUCCGGUGUCCUCGGCAGGAAAGACUAAAAAGGAGGACAGUGGUAAUGCAGGGUUUUCAACCAUUGUUAAGAACGAGGGUGGAAGUGGCGACGGGAAUGGUCAGCAGGCAGAGGGGACCGAUGCCGCGAAUACAGAUGAGCAAGGAGAUGAGGAUGAGGAUGUGGGUGAUCCAACUAUCGGAAAGACCUAUUCCUUGGGUCAAGUGCGUCGAAAGUUGGUCUUGAUUCCAGAUUGGGCAAAACUGUAUGAUUAAAAUACCUACUUAGCACCUCAAAAUCCCUUAUGGGGGGAUAGUAGAAAUCCUGGUGGAUACAGGUAUUUCCCAGAUUCAAC